CAGCAAAGCGGAAGAAGAGAGCCUGAUAUUUUUUAUUCAGUUUCAAGGGCACUACGUCUGGUUACUGUAGCCAGUUGAGAAUUCAGAACAGUUCAGAAGAUCAAAGAAGGCAGUUUUUGUUUGGUAGAGAUUUUUGAAGUAUUGCUUUGUCUGGAUUUUUAAUUUUACAGAGUGUUUGUGUUGCUGGAUUUGCUAAAGGCGGUCUUAGACAAAGUGGAAAAGGUUACAUGAAAGAAGCUUUCAGGAAUUUUCAGCUGACAGACGUUCACAACUCAUAAGGAAGUAGGAAACUAAUGUGAUUCGUUCUGUUCAACGGGUUUUUUCGUUUAUAUAGUUGCUCUUCACUUUUAACAAGUAGAAAUUUAGUUGUGCGUAGCCAGUGGGAUUGCAGGAACUGGGGCAGUGAUCACUGGUCGAGCUUUCAGCUGAGAUUACAGUGCUGGCAGAUUUUCCCUGACAAAAAGCCUUUUGUGUAAAGGAACAAGUAACGAAGCUGCCAAGAACUUUGAAUACUGUAUGUCAAGAUGCAGAGCCGCCUUGUUUCUCUUGGGCUGGAGUUGUAAAAUUUGACAGACGCUUUCAGUCCAUACUACAACACUAGAAACAGGAAAAGAGGGAUAGUGUGACCUUGGGGAGACCAGCUUUCCUGAUGAUACAAAAAGAAGAGCUCCCAUUGCAUUUCCUGUUGUAAGUUAAUAGACUGAACUGAUGUAAUAAACAAUUGUGUAGAAGGUAACGAAUAGUAAUAACAAAAGUAAAAGCUAUAUUGUGGUUUGCCCAACAUGGAAGCAAAUAACACUUCACCUGGCAGCAGUGAGCUUUUAGAUCUAGGCCAUGCAACAGAGACUGAACACAGACAGCCUUUCUUCACUACAUUUUCUAUGAAAGCACUUUUUGGAUUUACUACUAAAUUGGAACCAGCAACUCUGAAAAAAGAAGCAGUACUUAAGGCAUUUCGAACUUUUGAUGCUGAUACAAAUACCCAAGCUGCCAACCAAGACAAGGGUGGUGGUGGUCAUGAUGAUCCAGAAGUAUAUCAUGUGCUUCCCAAAAUACAGCAGGCUGACCCGGAGGCCAGUGGGCAGGCUGACCUGAAUAUGGAGCUAGCUGAACAGAAUGAACCAUCUCUUCCUCCUUUAGAGUCUGUACAGUCUCCUUUGUCUGAAUGUGACAGAGAUGACAAGGACGCCAUUUUUGUACAAAGUACUUUGACUUAUACAACAAGUGAUACAGUGUUGGACAAUGAGAGUACAGACCUAGACAGUGAUGAAGACGAAACAAACAAAUCUGUGUUAAAUAUUGUGGCUUUGUCUUCUGAGUCUUUAGAGAAUAACAACCAGGCUAAGGAAGAAUUGGAAUCAGAAGGGUCCAGUGAAAGUAAUGCCACUGUGGAGAGAGAUGAAACUGAAUCAACCUCAUCAAUUUCUCAGCAGCUUCCAACAGAGCUGAAUGGUGAUCUGGAAUGUAGCUCAGCUACAGAAGACAAAAUGUUAACAGACGAGCACUGCACUGGCCCACCUUCUCUAGGGGAGAAUCCUCAAGAGCCUAUGAGUGGAGAAGAACAAGGAUCUUCAGAAAAUGGCUCUAAUAACACAUCCUCCCCAAAAUCAGCCAUAGGUCAAAAGACCUCUCAGCUACCUGCUUUCUUUAGUGGAUUGCGUGUGCGAAAAAAAGGUCUAGCUGCAGAGGAUGGAGAGACUAUCAGAGAAAUUAAACCGAAGGACAGUGAUUUGGCUCUGCUUAAAUUAAAACAGCCUGUUAAGAAAUCUAAUAUUACAUCAGACGUGCUCACUAAAAAGAAACCAGCUGAGCCUAAAACAAGUCCUACUUUCCUGGAACAGCUCUCUCAGCUGUUCGUCCCUAAAAAUGAAGAUAAAGCCGAAAAUUCAGGUGAGGAGACUAGUGAGACUGACAGCAGUGAUGAAGGCCAGGAGAGCAAAGCCACCGAUAGAACAGAGACCCUGUCCCCUGCUGAAGAAACAAAGUCAAGCCCACCGGAGUCGGCAUUAGAUGCGUUUAAAGCUUUGUUUACCCGGCCUCCAAAAAAGGAGAUGACUGUUGAUACUUCAGAGCUGGAAGCCAUCAAACGCAAAAUGAGAAAUGAAAAGGAGUUGUUGAAAGCAGUAUUUGAAAGAUCAAAAUCAAAGUCUGUGGAUGGAGCAUCUGACCUGAAAUCUCCUGACCUGAAUCCCUCAGAGCAAGAUGACAAAACUCCAGGGAAACUCCAGGCUGUCUGGCCACCACCUGAAAUCAAUGAUGGAAAAGAAAAAGUGGGGUUGAAGUACACUGAAGCAGCUCACCUAAAACUUUACAAGGAGGGACCACCAGAGUACCAUGCUGCAAUUUUGCAAUUAAAGAGGGAAAACAAGGAAGAAGUAGAAAACGUAAAGUCUCAGUUUGAACUCCAGAUCUUUCAUAUUCGUGGAGAGCAUGCUGUAUCGAACACAAAGCUUGAGGAAACCAUUGCAAAUCUCAAGAAUGAACUAGAAAACAAAUUAAAUAGAAGAAAUGAGGAAGUAAAGGAUGUCUGUGUAUCCACUGAAGAUGAUAACCCACCAAAGACUUACAGAAAUGUAUAUAUACAAACUGACAGAGAAACCUUCAUAAAGCCUAGUAAAGAGGAAAAUAUACCAGUGAAGAAUAACCAGAUGGUACCUAAAAAGCUUAAUAUUUCUUCCUUAAAUCGUAGUAUUUCUGCCCCAAAUGACAAUAAGGAACUGUGUCACUGUACACAAAUUUCAGAAAGUCUCGCAUCUUGUGAACAGAAACCAAUGUCAGUAUCUCUAACACCACCACCACCACCACCACCACCUCCUCUUCCUGAACCUUCACUACCAGCUUUAGUUUCACCAUCACCUCCCUUGUUACCAGAUUUGGCAUCCACUCCAUUGACAUCCCAAUUUGGAUCUGGGCCACUGCCACUUCCUUCAGGUUGUGGGAAUCCUCCACCACCGCCACUGCUACCGCCCCCACCACCACCACUCCCAGGUUUCGGGCCUUCUGGUCCACCUCCCCUGCCUGGCUCUGGGCCUCCUCCUCCACCACCACCUCCUGGGUUCUUUUUCAAUAGCAUUCUGUCUUCAAACCAAGGUCCUCGAAAGCCUGCCAUUGAACCGAACUGUCCCAUGAAGCCUUUGUACUGGACUAGGAUACAAAUCAAAGACAGCAGCAAAACAUCUAUACCAACUUUAUGGGACUCAUUAGAAGAACCUGACAUAGUUGAUACUAGUGAAUUCGAAUAUUUAUUUUCCAAAGAUGCAGUUCAGGAAAAAAGAAAAUGCUUAUCAGAGUCUUACGAAAAGAAAACAAAGGCCAAAAAGAUUAUCAAGCUGAUGGAUGGAAAGCGAUCUCAAACUGUAGGAAUUUUGAUAUCCAGUUUGCACCUGGAAAUGAGGGAUAUUCAACAAGCUACACUAAAUGUGGAUGACUCCAUAGUAGACCUGGAAACACUGGAAGCACUGUAUGAGAAUAGAGCACAAAAGGAUGAACUGGAAAAAAUAAAGCAGUAUUAUGAGACUUCAAAGGAAGAGGAACUGAAGCUCUUGGACAAACCAGAACAAUUUUUAUAUGAGUUAUCCCAGAUCCCCAAUUUUGCAGAACGUGCCCAAUGUAUAAUCUUCCAGUCUGUUUUCUCUGAGGGGAUAACCUCAGUGCAUCGUAAAGUGGAUGUUAUUACUCGUGCUUCUAAGGAUUUGCUGGACAUGAGAAGUGUGAAGGAAAUUUUAGGCUUGAUUUUGGCUUUUGGAAAUUAUAUGAAUGGGGGGAACAGGACACGAGGUCAAGCAGAUGGAUUUGGUUUGGAAAUUCUUCCCAAACUAAAGGAUGUCAAGAGCAGAGAUAACGGUAUUAAUCUUGUGGAUUAUGUUGUCAUAUAUUACCUACGACACUUCGACAAGGAUGCAGGAACAGACAAGAGUAUUUUUCCUCUACCAGAACCACAAGAUUUCUUCCAAGCCUCCCAAGUUAAGUUUGAAGACCUAAUAAAAGACUUAAGAAAACUGAAGAGAGAUCUAGAAGCCUGUGAAAAGCAGAUGAGAGUCGUUUGCAAAGAAUCUUCAGAACAGCAUCUCCAGCCGUUCAAGGAUAAAUUGGAAGAGUUUUUUCAGAAAGCUAAAGAAGAACAUAAGACAGAAGAGAGCUGUUUGGAAAAUGCACAAAAAAGCUUUGAAGAAACAGUGGGAUACUUUGGGAUAAAGCCAAAGUCUGGUGAGAAGGAGAUCACACCAAACUACGUUUUCACUGUGUGGUAUGAGUUCUGCAGUGACUUCAAGACCAUUUGGAAACGAGAGACUAAAAACAUUUCCAAAGAAAGACUGAAAGAGGCUCAGAAAUUCGUAAGCAAGUUAACUGAAGAGAAAAAGGUUGAAACAAAGAAAAUCAAUCCCAUGGCUAGUCUGAAAGAAAAACUACGUCAGAAGGAAGCCAGUGUGACCACUAACUGAAAGAAGACACAUGAAAAUAAUGACUGUGUGACUUAAUACCUUGCAUGAUGCUUUACUAUGCCCAUUCCCCAGGGAGCACCUUAUGUUAAUGUUAUGCAGUUCUGCUUUUCUCAUCUCUUUCUGAGACAAUCCACUAAAGACUUUCCAAUCCCUUAUAAAGAGUUUGCUCAUUCAGUAGAGGGAAGUAGCUGUUUACAGGGGAAUUAUGAAGGGUUUUAUAUAACUCUUCCUUACAUGGCUUAAAAUGCAAUUCUUUUCUAGAUGGUUCUUUGAAGUACUUAUGCAUUGUGCACUAAUGUGGAAAAGAUAAAAACAGGAUUUUGGAUGUUGAAUUAAGUAACAGCUAACAACCUGUAUAUUGCUUACUUUAGCUUCAUGUAAAUUACCACAGAGGUACAGUUCAACUCAUGAGAGGCUAUUCUAUCAUAAGCUUUUAGUCCUCAGGGCAACUGAGGGCAACUUAGAUUCUAAAUCAUUUUUGAUAGUCUAAAUAAGUAUUAAAUUCAUUUUGUUAAAACUGAUGCAAGUUUAUUAUAAUUAAUAUAUUCUGUAUUUUAUUACAGUUAUUUUUAUAGAAAACUCAGUCUAUGCCAUAUGCAUUGAAAUAGGAAUAAUAUUUUGCACAUGUGGUGAGAGAAAUAGCUUCAGAUUCUGUAGUCUUAUAAUAUGUAGAUGAUAUAACUGGCAAAUUAUUUUUAUGGUUUUGACUUGAUGUUUCUUAUGUGUUCUUCGUGUUGCCUGUUUCAAAAAGACAAAGGACAGAAGCAUUUUUUAUUUCAAAUUAUCAAGAUAAUAAGAUAAUUUAUUUGUCAUCAUUCAUCUAACUGUAGUGCAUAACACAUCUCCAUAGAGUCAUAUAUUUACUGCUAAAUGUCUGGCUUUAAAUUGUAUUGAAGCUCAUAUUCUUUAACAAUAAGCACCUCACUAUAAAACAUAUUAUACAGCCUUCUCUUGUCUCCCCAUAUAUUUAUAUCUGUAUGUAUAACACAAACAUGUACUCUACUAUGUUAGAAUUUGAGGAAGAAGUAAGAGAAUCUUGCUGUCAUCUUGUCAUAAUAUAACCACUCUUUGCGAAGUGUCCGGCUGAGUGCCCUGAGCUCCAUUGUUACUUUCAGGCACUCAUUACAUCACAGGAUCAGUUUCUUAGAAAGAGAGAUCCUUGCAGCAGACAAAGUUUCAAGGUAGAAUAAAAAUAGUGGCUAUUAAAAAUAAAUAGAACUUUUGUUAUAGACAAACAAUAGACUGCAACUAAACAAGCAGCUGGGUAGAGAUCUUAUAAAGAACACUUUCCACAAUUACUAAAUUAUAAAAACCUUCUGACUGCUACUAUAUGACCAAUACAAAUGAAAUAACGAUACAGCAAAAAGUUUAGAAUCUAUAGUAAGAAAGGUAUUAAUCCCUUGGAAUGGCAGUUGAAAAGAAUAUACAUGAAAGAAAUAUAUUGGGUUAUCUACAUAGCAAAUGAGAUGCUGUAAGUAUAGCAGGGAAGAAAACAAUAGUUGUAGCACCCCUAUUUAUGUUUCUCAUUUGGAUAGUUCUGAACAAGUAGAAUUAAGGGAGGUAAGAUAGCCCUAUAUAUUUUGGAAUUUGUAGCUGCUGUUGAUGAACGUAAUAUGUGUAAAUAUGCUACUAAUGAAAACAAAUCAAAUAUAGAUCAAUGGAGGUAAAUAGAUUCAUGGGGAGGAGGUGUUCCCCCAGUUAGCAUGGACAUUUGCGAGAACAUUCAAGUGCUAGUGAUAUGGUAGUACUGUUCUUCCGACUGAAGGAAAGCAAAUUCCAAAGAUCAAAAUUUUCUGUCUUCCAUCAAAUCAAGCACAAACAUAGGUGAAAUGCAUCUACUUUGGCAAUCAGCAUUAACGAUAUACAACAUAAGCAACAUACAACAUACGCAGUAGGUGCUCAUACAAGCCAAAGAUUCAAGAACAACAGUAGGCAAGAUGAUUUUGAUGAUUCUCUAAGCAAACUACUGUACUGUAGUGUUCUGUACCUGUCAAAAAAACUCUGGAAUAUUGUAAUUAUAGCUGGAUGGGAAUUUUCUGACAAAACAUUUUUCAUCAGAAAAUGCAAAUUCAUCAAAACAGAAAAUCUUCUUGGGGAAAGAUUGCUUUCAACAUAUCUCCUGGUUUGAAAAAAUGUUGCGGAAAAAAAGUUUUAUAAUUGUCAAAAUUUCCCAUGUAAACAUUUUUUAAAUGAAAUGUUUAAAUUUUGGGUUCAAAAUGACUUUUUAUUUAGAAAUAGUGGUUAAUUUAUACUUUAAAAAUAUUAAAAAGUCAAAAUUGAAAUGAAAUGUUUUAAAUUUGUAUAAAUGAAACCC